UGCUCUUCCCUGUUGGACAGACAGCCGCAUCUCCUGGUGCAGUGCCAGCCGCGUCCCCGAGACACGAUGGUGAAGGUCGGAGUCAACGGAUUUGGCCGUAUUGGGUGCCUGGUCACGAGGGCUGCUUUCAACUCUGGCAAAGUGGACAUUGUCACCAUGAACGACCCUUUCAUCGACCUUAAUGACAUGGUCUACAUGUCCCAGUCUGAUUCCACCCACGGCAAAUUCCAUGGCACAGUCAAGGCUGAGAACGGGAAACUUGUCAUCAAUGGAAAGCCCAUCACCAUCUUCCAGGAGCGAGAUCCCGCCAACAUCAAAUGGGGUGAUGCUGGUGCUGAGUAUGUUGUGGAGUCCACUGGGGUUUUCACCACCACGGAGAAGGCUGGGGGGUCACUUGAAGGGCCCGUGGCCUCCACCCAUGUCUUCCUCUGGUCUAACCCCGAAUGUCCUCCCGAGCUCUCAGAGCCUUGCUUCUCUGGUGCGCGAUCGUCCCUCGGGCCCAUAUGA